UUCUCAUCGAUUCUCUCCCCCUCGUCCUCCAGGUUUUUGCUAGGCUCCCUGUCUUCUUACCAAGUUGAGAUUAUCCGGGUUCUGGCAUUAGCAGGGUUUGAGGAAAGCGGAUCAAUUCCUCGAACCCCUAACCUUGGACCCUGCCUGCAGGCUGAUUUCUCAGCCACUCGCCAGAGCACGGCGACCCCUAAGGUCGCAGUCCGUCUUCGCAAGCAGCCUGCUGCGGACGCGUUGGUAGCCCUUCCGCGCGCGCGCUCGAGCAGUGGGACUACAUCUCCCAGGAGGUUGUGCGCCGACCAGCGGACAUGCCCUUGGUCGCAAAGGACUACAUUACCCAGUGAAACCUUGCGAGAGGCGGUGGCUGGACCUCAAGAGCAGAACCAUUGGUUCAGCGUCUGGCGGGGGAGCUACGCAGUGAUUGGCCCAGGAGCCCGCCAGUUUCGGCCAAGCUCAGUGGAGUUUUGCUAUUAAGACUGCGCGAGGAGCUAGAGAGAGCAGAGUGCGCGGAGCCGGGCAGCACCCACCGAGCCAUGAAAAAAGUACAUCUGGAAGGAAUGCUUUUUAGCUGAGCUCUGGUGGAUGAGAGGAGCUAGCCUUGGAAAAUUUGAUACUGAUGGACAUUGUGUGGACCAGAGGCAGGGAUGGUUGGCUAUGACCCCAAACCAGAUGGCAGGAAUAACACCAGGUUCCAGGUGGCAGUGGCCGGGUCUGUGUCUGGACUUGUCACUCGGGCGCUGAUCAGUCCCUUCGACGUCAUCAAGAUCCGUUUCCAGCUUCAGCAUGAGCGCCUGUCUCGAAGAGACCCCAACGCAAAGUACCAUGGCAUCCUCCAGGCCAUUAGGCAGAUUUUGCGGGAGGAGGGGCCAACAGCUUUCUGGAAAGGACACAUCCCAGCCCAGAUUCUCUCCAUAGGCUAUGGAGCUGUCCAAGUUUAUAACACACUGCGCCAUGCCGUGGGGACCAUGUAUAGGAACGAGGGCCCCUUGGUCUUCUACAAAGGCUUGACCCCAACCUUGAUCGCCAUCUUCCCCUACGCCGGGCUGCAGUUCUCCUGCUACAGUUCCUUGAAGCACAUGUACGAGUGGGCCAUGCCAGCCGAAGGAAAGAAAAAUGAGAACCUCAAAAACCUGCUUUGUGGCAGUGGAGCUGGUGUCAUCAGCAAGACCCUGACAUAUCCCCUGGACCUCUUCAAGAAGCGGCUACAGGUUGGAGGGUUCGAGCACGCCAGAGCUGCCUUUGGCCAGGUGCGGAAAUACAAGGGCCUCGUGGACUGUACCAAGCAGGUGCUGCAAGAGGAAGGUACCCUGGGCUUCUUCAAGGGCCUGUCCCCCAGCCUGCUCAAGGCUGCCCUCUCCACGGGCUUCAUGUUCUUCUGGUAUGAACUCUUCUGUAACAUCUUCCACUGCAUGAACAAGACAACCAGCCAGCGCUGAGGGCAGGAAGGACCCCAGGUCGUCCCUGGAGGCAGCCUCCUGAAGGAAGGAAGACUCAGUCUCCACUGAGAGGUGCCACCUGGCCCUUCCCUGCAGGCUAGCUGCCCUGAGCAGGGUGGCGGCCUUGAACCCACCCAGCUGGGACACCACCAGAAGGUCCAGGGCAUUCCCAGUGAGCGAAUCAGAGGGAAUCCAGGACGUGGUCUGUGGUGAACCAACGAUCCAACGAGGUAGUGAGAAGGAGCAUGAAGUUGCUGGUUCUCCUCUGACCAGCCCACACUCCAAAGGAAACAGACGCCAUCCUACACCCGUCUCAGCCAGAACACAACACCCGACAGCUCCUGGUCUGGAUGGGGCUGCAGCUGGAGUGCAGAGGGCUGUGCUGGGGCCUCUGCAGGAGUCAGGUCCCCACACUUGGCCUGUUUUUCCCAACCUAUUUAAUAGACGUUAAAGCUAAAUGCACAUUCCUUAUC